AGGUCACAGCUUGCUUAUCGCUUGGAAAGCUGAAGAUUAUCUCCACUUGUGCUGUAACACUUCGACACGAUGGUUCGAUCCACUCAGAUCGCCCGGCUUGAUGGCCUGAUGUUGGCUGCGUCUGUCGAUGACGAACAGGCCGAGACCGAACUGGCCGAGAUCAAGUCGCAGGUCAAAAUGGUCUUUCGUCGCCUGAGUCGCAAUUCCGCGCCGCAGGUCAGUAUUGAGUCUGGGCAGUAUAAUUUACACUACUUGAUCCAGGAUGAUAUUUGCUUUCUUUGUAUAUGCGACCGGUCCUACCCUCGCAAACUGGCCUUUACCUAUCUGGCGGAUCUCGCGACGGAAUUCACCACCACUUACUCCGCUGCGCAAUACCAUUCCCCGACCCUGCGACCGUAUGCGUUUGUCGAGUUUGAUACCUUUAUUCAACGCACCAAGAAGCUAUACCAGGAUGGCCGUGCCACGCAGAACCUCGACAAGCUGAACGAUGAGCUGCGGGAUGUGACCAAGGUUAUGACCAAGAAUAUCGAGGAUCUCCUGUACCGUGGUGAUAGCUUGGAGCGCAUGGGCGAGCUAUCAGGGCGCCUGCGCGAGGAUAGCAAAAAGUAUAGGAAAGCGGCGGUCCGCAUCAACUGGGAGUUGUUGUUGAAGCAGUAUGGGCCAUUUGCGGGCGUUGGGUUCUUUAUUAUUCUUUUCCUCUGGUUGCGUUUCUUCUAGCCACGUCGCAGGUGGUCAUGUCUUUCGUGGGUAUCCGGUCAUAGGCACACCCGUGUACAUACAUAAUUUUUAAAGGGCGGCUGCAGGACACUGCCCUCUAGUCAAUCACCCAAGCCGUUAGGAUCG